CAAGGACCUCUCCGAGUUAUCCACUCACACCACUACUUGUUUCUCAGAGUGAGCCCCCAGUUCAGCUGGACUUGUGACCACUCCCACCACCGGCCAGGAGCACUCCAGCGUCUGCUCCUCAUCCUCCUCUUCCGUUGAGGUCCACCCCGAAAGGUCCACAAGCAUGGAUGUGGAACCUGGGCCCUUGUUGACUGAGCCAAGCCAAGAGCCCGCCUCUUCCCGGCCCCCUCCUCCGUCACCCCCAACCUUGCCUCCCCCCACCACUCUCCCCACCGGGCAUCUCAACAUCCCUCUCAUCCUGGAAGAGUUGCGUGUUCUGCAACAACGCCAGCUCCAUCAGAUGCAGAUGACAGAACAGAUCUGCUACCAGGUGUUGCUCUUGAGUUCGUGGGGGCAGGUUGGGGCUCUGGCCCCUACCACAGAACCUGCUUCGGUGGUGUCUGCCCCACCCAAGCCCCCUUUGCCCGUCUUUUCCAUCAAGACUGAGCCUGGGAGGAGCCAGGUGUCCGCCUCUCCAGAUUUACCAAAGCCGGCAUUCUUCCAUCUCUACCACCCGUUCCCUGGUGGCACCAGGGUGCCCAAAGCUGAGCAGCUCCUGGCUCCAGCCUUCCCUACAUCCACAGGUGUCUUGGCAGCCCAGUGCUUAGGGACUGCCCAGGGUCUGGAGCAGGCCACAUCUCCAGGACUAUUGCAACAGAAGAACGGAGGAGGCGGGGGAGGAGGAGGAGGAGAACCCAACUUGGAAGGUGAGAAACCAAGUGGCCGCCACAAAUGCCAUUUCUGUGGGAAGAUCUUCGGCAGCGACAGUGCCCUCCAGAUCCACCUGCGCUCCCACACCGGUGAGCGUCCCUACAAAUGUAACAUUUGUGGGAACCGUUUCACCACCCGAGGCAACCUUAAGGUCCAUUUCCAUCGUCACCGGGAGAAGUACCCCCACAUUCAGAUGAACCCUCAUCCAGUCCCAGAGCAUUUGGACUACGUCCUGACCACUUCGGGCCUCCCUUACGGCAUGUCUGUGCCGCCUGAAAAAGCUGAGUCAGGAGAGGACCACAGGGCCCUCCCUGCAGCUGAGCGCAAGGCCCUGAGUGCCACUGAGAGUCUGACCGUACUGUCUGGCACAGCUCCUUCGGCUGCGGCUCAAGCUUUGCCCAAUUUCAACAACCUGGUCCUGAUGAAGAUGGUAGAAGCCAAGGGGAAGGGGGACGAGAACACCCCUCCUGAAUCAGAGGUGGAGGGGGCCCGUCUUCAACUGGGGAAACUUGUGGGGGCCUUGCCCAGCUGGGCUCUGUUGUCCAAUCACUUCAAAGCAGGCCCAGCCAUGGGGCCCUUCCCCUACGUCCUGGAGGCCUCUCCCUCUGAGACCUCCAAGCUUCAGCAGCUGGUAGAGAAGAUCGACCGCCAAGGUUCAGGGCCUAAUCAAUGUGUCAUCUGCUUGAGGGUCCUCAGCUGUCCCCGAGCUCUGCAACUUCACUAUGGGCAGCAUGGGGGUGAACGCCCCUUCAAGUGCAAAGUCUGUGGGCGAGCCUUCUCCACUCGGGGGAACCUGAGGGCUCACUUUGUGGCCCACAAAACCAGCCCGUCAUCCCAAGCACAAAACUCUUGUCCCAUCUGCCAGAAGAAGUUCACCAACUCCAUGAGCCUCCAACAGCACGUCCGAAUGCACCUGGGUGGGCAGAUCCCCAACGGAGCUCUCCUGCCUGAACCUUCAGCCCCAGAGGGGGCCCCAUUGGGAGAAGGGGAGAAGCCACGGGAGCAGCCACCUGCCCCCCAGGAGGAGGGGCUGUUGGAGGAGGAUGAAGAAGAGGAGCCCACUGACGAAGACUCAGUGGAAAGCAUUGGAGAAAAGGCAGAGCAGGUCUCCAGCCCUGAAGGUCUGGGUCCUCCCAAGGAAGGGGAGGAAAUGGGGCAGCCUGAGGGGGAAGAGGGAAGACCCGGAGUACUCUCCUCCUCCCCACUGGGGCCCCAAAGUCCUCUCUGCCCCUUGAAGGAUGGGGAAGAGAAGGCCUAUAUGGAAGAAGAUGAUGGUGGAAUUGCCCCGGUGAAAGAAGAACCAGAGAAGGACAAAGGAACUGGUGGAGAAGGUCUGUCCAAGAAGCAGCAGCAUCAGGGCAGCCAAGCCAAAGAGGAACCAGUGCUGAUCUGUGGGAUUUGCAAACAGCCCUUCACCGACAGGACGGCCUUGCACAAACAUGCAAUGACUGUCCAUCCCCAGGUUCAUCUUGGGAGCCACGUUUGGAGCAAUAACCAGGCGCAGCGGGGAUGGCACCUGCCUCUGGAAGGGCCCCUGCCGGUGCUCUCCGGGGCCCAAGUCAAGCUGCAGGACUUCCUGGGACAGGACAUCCCAGCCCAACUGGUGGGGGUGGAUCCCCUUUCCUUCUGGAAUCAGUACACUGCCUUUGUCUCUGGGGGCCUGCCCGCCAAGUCUGCCCACAGCACAGCGGCUUCCGUUGUUUCAUCUUCCUCCUCUUCUUCCCCCAACAUGACCACACAAAGCCUCUUUGGAUCGAGCAACGUGCCUGGGAAGGUGGUCCCCGCGGAGUCCAAGGAGAAGCUUCCGGUGACCAACUUGCUACUCCUUUCCCCGCCAGCAGCCCCCAUUUUGGAAACAAUCCCUGAGAACCAAGGAAAGGGGGAGAAGUAA